GCACGUCCACUGUGGCCGGCCCGGGCGACCGCGGCCGCCGCUCGGUACACACUGGUACCGGGCACGCCGAGCCGCGCGCGCUGUGCGUAUGUAUGUAUGUACACUAUGGAGAUGUUUGUUAUGUAAAAUGUAUUAACAUUACAAAAAUUAUAUAUGAUACUUAUAUAUAAAUUACUAUUAUAGAACACAGUAUGAAAAUAAAAACAAGUUGACUUCACAUGUAUAUUGUCGUUGAAUUCUUUAAGUAUAAUAUGUAAGCGUAGGCGCCCCCGCGGCGGCCUAGGCCCCGGCGGGCCUCCGGCCUCGGCCCGGCCCCGGCCCGGCUCGGCCUCGGCCCGGCGCGGCCUCGAGGCCCGCCCCGGCCCGGCCCGCCUCCCGCCUCGUCGCACUGUGUCCCGGAGCUAACGAUCCCUUAGCCCUAGUGCCCGUACUCGGUUAACGUAAAUGCGUUGGAAAUACACAACAAAUUUUCACAUUGCCCGGUUUUUCAUUUCUAGUUUGAGGCCUCAUUCUCGAUUAUGUUUUAAUUCUAACAUGUUUAAUCAUAAGUAUAGGUAGAGCUUAUGCCUUAGUAAUUGUAUUUAGUGAUAAAAUAUGUCUCUGACGACUGUAGUAACCACGCGGGAUAAUUGUGAUGUCAGUUUAUGCCAUAAUCCUGGAACGCACUUUCAUGUUUAACAAGCCUCUUCGAAAUUGUAUUCAAGCAAGACUUUAUACAUUUCUAAAUGUGAAAUAUGAAAAUGGUUAAAGAAAUCGAUGUCUUUUUAUAGAACUAGCCUCGAACUUAUGGCCCUAGAGACCGGUAAACGCGGGGUGCGUUGAACCGCGGUGGCGGUCGAUACGGCCAGCACUGCCAAGUUCACGUGGCGCCUGGCCGCUGGCGCGUCGCCAUGGCUACCGGCGCCAAACACUGGAAUCUCGAGCCUAGGCCGCACCACUCCCCUCCUUCAUUAUUUCCUUGCAUUCCAAUACAACUAGCGGUGUACAUUAUCCAGUAACAAUGAGACUAACGGGGUCUCGUGCCUACGCAAGACCAGCUUCUACGCCUACAAUGCCCCCGGGUCUUGUAGAGCUAAUGGAAGGACUUGCAAAAGAUGUCCUCAAAAAUAAUCCUGAAAAUGUCUAUGAAUUCUGUGCUGCCCAUAUGCAGAAGUUACUUGAAAUAAGAGAUGGCCCUGCACCACCGAAAAAGCCAUUGUCCUUGGAGCAGAAAAUAGCUAACGCACAAGAAAAAAUAAGACAAAGAAAUAAAAACCGUCAACUUCAGAACGAUAGGAAGUUGUCGGAGCAUCCCAAUGCAAAACUCGACAAUGAAGACAAGCUGCCUGUGAAAGAAACGCCCGUUGAUACAUCUGCUAUACAGCCAGUAACAGUCAAAGAAGAAUUUAUAAUGAAGAACGAAGUUGAAAUAUUUCAAGAGCCUAAUGUAACUAUAGAUACUAAUGACAUAAAUACAGAUGAGCCGUCUGAUGUCGUAAACGAAGUUAUCGAAGUAUCCCAAGUAAAACACGAAGCCAAGGAAUCCGUUUCAAAUGUUACUGAAAAAUUUGAAACUGAAGGAUCAUCAGAAAAAGUGACUGAACUGGUCAAUGAAACCAUAGUCAGUGUUGUCACAAAUGAAACAUCUGACCUUGAACCUAAUAUUAAAUCAGAGAACGUUACUGAUAUGGAUGACCAAAGCAAAGAAAUUGUUGAUCUUGUCAUUCAAAGUACUGAACAUGUAGAAAAUAUGCCUCCGAAUGAAGAAAUCUUUGAAGCUCAAUUGGACGAUUAUGAACCUACCGUUGGGAAUACAGUCGUUGAUGUUGAAGAAAAAACUGAUAGUAAUAACGGAGGGCCCGCAGAAAAAGAAGUUAUUACAGAUGAGUUAUAUGAGGUGGCUUCUACGCUGCUAUUAGCAAGCAAGACUAUAACUGCGUUUUCUAACAUCACGAAAGAGGUUGUUGAAGAACCAGAAAUUGAUAAAAAAGAAGUAAACAUAGAUACUCAACAUGACGAAAUAUGGUUGAAAGAGUUUGCUAACCAAAUUGAACCUGGUAAGAAAUUAGAGGGCAUCAUUGAAGAACACAAAAUAAUUAAAGAGGGACCUACAGAUAUUCCGCACGAAGAGAGUGGCGCUGACAACAUUUCUUUGAAAGAGCGGGUCGAAGACAUAACCGGUACAGAUAACGAGCACGUAGUUGAGCUAAAUCAUGGCAGUUUGCUUUCUAAAUCAAAAGAUUCUGCAGAUCCUACUGUCGAAGACUUAAAUAUCAAUUCACGUGAUACCAUUCUCCAAACUGAAAGUUCACAUGAUGAAAAUGAAGUUUUAUCUUCCACGGAAACUAAAAAGUCAAACACAGCAAAUUCCCAAGUUUCAGUAGAAGGCGUUGAAUUAUCUGAAAAUCAGGUGCUUAUUGAAGAAACCACCGAAAAGUCUACUGUAGAUGACAGUUUUCCUAAUAAGGAUGAGUCUAAUGAUCAAGAAGUUCAUAAAGUUAACUAUGCAUCACAGGCUGACAUAGUAACUGAAGUUGAAGAUAAACUUCCAGAGCAAGGACCUGUGCAUUCUGAAGAAUCUGUUGUGAAUGAUAAGACAACUGCUCAUGAUAACAUAACUGCUGGUAACAAAAGAGAUUAUAUAAAUGAAAGUGAUGAAAUAACUGAACACACUGCAGUAAGUGGCAUGGAUUUAGAGACUGCAGCAAUCACAAUACAAAAAGUAUUUAGGACUUUCUUAUUUAGUAAGAGCAGAGGAUCCACAUUAGAUGACACCGUUAAUGAAAACUCUUUGGAUGAAGAUAUGGAAAAGAAGGACGAACCCGAAUAUGCAACUGCUAACAUAAACAAAGAGCGAAGAACAUUAGGAAUCAGUAGAAUGGAUACCGUCUUGCAAACAGUAAACGAGGAGAAAUCACUGUCGCUAUCAGAUGAAUCCUCUUUGUCAAGCGCAGCUACCACUAUACAAGCGCAUGUCCGGGGAUUUUUAGUCAGAAAUAGACUCGCCUCUAACAAAACGGCGUCUAGUAGUUCUUUAGUAAAUUCUGACGGCCAGUCUACAUCAUUGGAUGGUGACGUCAAUGAACCUAAAAAGACUAUUUUAAAUAUCCACAUCGUUCCUGAGAGAGGACAAUUCAUGAGCAGAGAUGAAAGUUUACUGACGUCGAUCGACUUGCCUCUUGACAACAGCCCACCGUCUUCAAUUAAUUUACACCCACUGGGCUAUGACAAAAGUGAGCGACGAAAGCAACUGAAAAGAGAAGACGCUGUACAGUCUAUUUCACCUCCUAGUAACAACAGCGGAAAACAAAGUGAAGAGGUGGACUCUGUGAAAGAAACACUUAAUGACAGCGACGAUGUCGAUAUAAAAGAGGAACACCAAGCUGUAAAUAGCCAAGAUAAACCUCAUGAAGUGGACACUGAAAGUUGCUAUACCACCCUUACAAUUAGUUCUACGGCGGAAACGGUUAUCGAUGCCGAUACUUAUAAUCCUAGGGAAGUCCUAUCAAGUCCUGAACAUAACUUGGAAUCGAACAAUAAAAACCACGAAGUUCUUACUAGUUCCGAUGAGAUGGACGUUGUUACACCAUCCACAAUAGCUGCAAAAACUCCUUCAGUAGACACUGAGAACGACGAUAAACCAAAGUUGGUUCACUCCGGGGAAUUUCAUGACAUAGUGCUUCAGACUCAAGUGAAACGGAGUGAAGCAUCAGUCGUCCGUGAAUUCAAGAACGUGCUGGUGUACUUCUUACUAUGGGACAAGACCUAAAAUAUCGGCUGCUGGAGUCUAUUUAUUACCUAACGAUUUUCUUUAUAACUAAACGUAAAUGUAGAGAUGCACGUAUA